UCGACAGAAAUAAGAUUAAUAUAUAUCUAAUUUUUAUCGAUACAUAGGAUAAACAUUUUCUCUUUACGGAGAAUAUUGACCCAGCAAUUAGAGGACAUAUUAAUUGUCCAUCUGACUUGGAGCAACAAUAUGAAGAUAUUAAUUUCCGACCUGUGAGAGAGCAUCACAAUAGAUUACAUCUUAAUAAGAUCAAUUAAGUGAUGCGCUGUCACUCAGUCUACGGAUAAAUAUUUUAAAAUCAUUGUCUCUUAACUGUGAAAAUUUGAGUGAAAACGUUGAUGAUUUGUAGUUGUUUCUUGAUAAUGGAUUAUAUAAUCUAUUGGAACAUUUAGGACUGCACUAGGUUUUGUUUCCUAAUUGAUCAUUAGUUCUGAUAAUUUUCAGUUAAUAACAGUUAUUUUUACGCUGCUAAAGGGAAUUUGUACGGUAGCUGUUGCAAUAUGGCAGAACUGAAAGUUGAAGACGAUGAUACAAAAAAUGGAAAUUCAUUUGAAGCAAUUGACACUUUGGUGCAUGAAUGUUUACACCAAAAGUUAACAGAAGGAGUGGAAGUUGCGAGAACACCUCGUGGCAUAAAGCUAGAUAGUUGUAAACGCGCACGGGAUCGUGCUAACAGAAAGCAACUGCAAGGUAGGACAAUCAGAAUAGAAAUGAAUUGUACGAAGAGACACGUUACGUUUAUAUGGGCUUUGUUGGAAUGUCUAUUGUUCACAGGAUUAAUAUUUGGAUGGCCGUGGUUUUUGUCAACGUUGCGUCGGAAUAAAUACUUUUUAGAUCUUUGUAACGUAACACUACCCGAUGAUGAUGUACAUAAAUUCCAUGAUGGUGAAGGGGAAAAUGCAUUAUUGAAACCGGGUGGAAUUCCCGACUUCGACGGACAGAACGCUAAACCACGAAAAUGUCGUCGUCGAACAACGACAGUAGCAACAACCGAGUUUCCGGGUUCUUACUACGAUUCAAUGUUUAAUUAUACAUAUUUUUGUGACGAGCAAGAAGAGAAACUUGAACUGAUUCAUGCUGUCGUGUUUCUUGUGAGAAAUGCAUUAGUUUUUCCUGUUGGAAUUUUCCUUGAUAUGUAUGGAACAACAAGAACUCGGCUUCUCACCAUAUUGAUAUUUAUCGUUGGGACACUUAUGAUGACAUUUUCAAAUGCCUCUUUUCCCUGGUUAAUUGUUCCUGCGUUUAGUAUGUUUUCUAUCGCUGGAUGUAUCAUUAUGCUGACCAAUCUCCAGACCUCCAAUCUGUUUGGUGAUAGACGAUAUACAGUCAUGUCAUCUUUAAUUGGUGGUUACCAAGCAAGUGCCAUAGUGUUUUUAUGUAUAAAGUCAAUGAACGACAUACAAACCUCGUUUAUGUUUAUGACAAUGGGUGUAGUUCCAAUUUUAGUUUCAACGAUAGCCUUUCUUCCGAAAACAAAGGUUCCAUGGCCACUUCCUGCAGAUUAUGGAGAUGGCAGAUCUGUAGCCGGAGGAAGCUCUACACGACACCGUCAAUCUGCUUCAGAAGAUGGACGUAAAUGCUGCCUCAACUUGAUUACUUUUAAAUCUUCUGCUUUAUCAUCACUGUUUAUUUGGUCGACGAUAUGGUAUGGUAUAUAUACACUGAGAGCCUUCACGUAUGAUAGCAAUCUAAGACUAAUGCUUAUAUCAUACGGAACUCCACGGGAUGAAGUGUAUAAAUACAGUGAAUUAUUUGCAGCAGUACAAACAAUUUCUUUACCAGCCGGUCCUUUAAUAGGUCUUUUGGUUGAUUGGAAACGUAGUAAUUCAUUUGCUGGGAAUCCGUUAAUUCUACAGAUGAAAAAUGUACAGUUUAUAACAUUUGUGACAUUUGGAAUCGCUUUAGUGAAUAAUAUUUUAACAACUAUUCCUUCUAUUCAGUUACAAGUGGCGGGUUUUAUAUUACAAGCAAUAGAGAGAGUGGCAGUUAUGACAUCUAUUUGCGCUUUUUUAACACAUCUGCAUUUUCCAGCUGAACAUUUUGGAAAAUUGAUCGGUCUUCAUUUUCUAUCUUCGAGUAUACUGUGUCUUCUCAGAUUUCCGUUUCAAUCAUUCAUCAACACAUCAUUAAAAGGUGAUCCUUUUUAUAUUAACUUAUUAUUACUGGUGUUAUUGAUUUUAUCGUGUGGUCAUCCAUUUUUAAUAUGGUACCAUUGUAGAAUUGGAUUAAUUAACAACAGUUCUUUGUCAAACAGCAGUAAUGGUCGAGAACAAUUAGUCAUUACAAUUGAAGAUGAAAACGACAAUAACCAUCGAAGUAUGAUAAGAUCUUAACAAACAUAUUAACUAGGAAGAAGGAGAGAAAUGUUCAAAAAAGGAAGUCCCUAUUUUUCAAUGUAUGUUUUAAUGCAAACACCUACAUUUUGUAAAUGUAUCAAAAAGGAACAAUAUUGUAAACGAUAACAACCAUGUGGGUCUAUUGUAAGCUGUCAGAGUGUUUCAAUAGGGUGAUUUCAUAAUUGCAAUGGAUUUGAAUAUGUAAUACAUAUAAUAAAAAUAUAUUCGAAAAAAAGGACCAAACUUGAAUAGUGCUGUAGAACUUUUUCCAAAGUUUUAAUAUCACAAACAACAGAUUUCAGAUUACUAAAAGUUCAGUAAAUUGAAGCUUUAUAACACUGAGUAGCAUAAUUCAGUCAAAUAUUCAAAAGGAUAGUUCUAUUGAUAGUUAUAAAUCAUUGAGUGUUUGAAUAUAUAUUAACAAAAUUCAUAAAAUGCAUGCAAUAAGGCAAUCACAUCAUAUCUGUAUAUCGGAGAAAUAAUGGAAUUUUGUUUGAAAUAAAUUUCGAAAUGUUAUAUGGAUAAUUAUUAAACUGUAAUUUGAUAUUUCUAUUAGAUGAAACUAAGUAAUGUAUUUCAAAAUUGAUAUAAAAUCCACUCCUUGUAAACAACUAAUUCGUGAAUGAAGCCAAACAACGAGUAUGUAUCAUUAUAUUUCAAUAUGUAUGUUACGUUUUAUUUAAUUGUAUGUCU